GCAAAACUAAUAUUCAAUCAUUCAUUAGCUGCUAGGUCUCUUAAGGAUGUUAUAGGGUCAAUCGCUUCUUUCUUUCUUUCAGGGGUCGACCUAGAGGUUAGUCCCCUAAAUUAUUAUAUAUAUUUUAUCCUAUUAUUCUGUCUUUUUUUUAGAUCUUGUUAAUAUGUUCUUAUUUAUCUAAAGGUAAAAAAAAAAAUGUUGGAGAAAUUAGGGGGCAAAGACGCAUAUUUAACUCUCUAUCUCUCUCUUAUAUUGUGCUCCAUGUGAUCUCAUAUCAUAUACCAAAAUUAGUUGUUAUGAUUAUCAUUCCAUGAAAAAGAUAAGAUUCUUAAAAAGCCUAACCCAUAAUUAGAUAUUAUUUCGCCCACUUAGUAACCAUGGAAGCAAUUAUUGACGCUAUUUUGCAGACUCCAUUGAUUACUAUCUUUAUUUCAGUUAUCCUCUCUACCAUAUAAAGUUGAAUGAGGGAUUCAGAAUCCGUUGAGAAACGGACCGGUAACUCUAGUCUAUAUAUAUAUACAUAAUAAAAAUAUAGCAAACAUGUAAAUAUUUUUAUAAAUACAUACAUAUAUGUUUAUAUAAUUAUUGGAGAAUAAGAAGCUCCAAUUUCACUUCACAGUUGUCAGCUCCAACAAGAAGCUGCGGAUAAUGUUGUCGACGCAUCAUAAAAAAAAAAAAAAAAAAAAAGGGUAUAACUAUUAGAAGUAAAAAUAAAAUUUUAAAAUGAACGGCUGAGAGAAGACACAACUUUUCGCGGAGACACGGAGCCGCUCACACCCAUCAUCUUGGAAUCUUGACUACUCCCUCUCUAAGGUCACUUCAUAAAUAUGCAUAUACACAAAUUAUUAAAAAUGCAAUCCAUUUAUUUUUCUUUGGAAGAAACUUCUACGGCGGCGAGCCUCACGCACCAAUACGCUUGCUUUCCUAAGUUACUAUGUCUCCUAAUUAUUUUAUUAUUCAAAUAUAUAUAGUUAUACUAAAAACCCAAAUUGGAUUUAAAUAUAUAUGUAUUUAGGUGUAUAUAUAUAUGUUCUCUUCUCUAUCUUCGUAAAACAUUUAAUCUCUCUCUCUCUCCCUUUCUUUCUUUGCGAAGAUCACUUUCUUGCUCCCAAAGGAAUUCUUCUACUUCUUCUUCUUCGACGAUUCUGCCAGACAUCAGCAGUAAAGAAUUAAAACGCUUAGCGAUCACAAAUAAUAGUCUUAAUCUGGAAAAAAAAUGAGUUGCAAUGGCUGCCGUGUGCUCCGGAAAGGUUGCAGCGAGAAUUGCAUCCUCCGGCCAUGUAUUCAAUGGAUAGAAACCGCCGAUGCUCAAGGCCACGCCACCGUCUUCGUCGCUAAAUUCUUUGGCCGCGCCGGUCUGAUGUCCUUUAUCUCUGCUGUACCGGAACCUCAACGUCCCGCUCUGUUUCAGUCUUUGCUCUACGAAGCCUGUGGAAGAACUGUGAAUCCGGUAAACGGAGCAAUCGGAAUGUUGUGGACUGGAAAUUGGAAUAUCUGCCAAGCGGCGGUUGAGACGGUGCUUCGCGGAGGUUCUUUGAGACCAAUCCCUGAGCUUCUCAAUCACGGCGGCGGAUUCGCCGGGUUUCCAUCGGCUACAUCCGAAGAAGCAUCUGAGAUCUGCACGGAAAUGUUGAAUCUCCAGCAGAAUAAUUCCAGCGAUCGUAACAUCUACCAUCAUUCCCGAUUUUCAAGCUCUAGAUCCAGAUCUACGACGGAUUCUUCUCCAACGAAACGUAAGCGUUUGGCAUCAGAACAACAACCAUCUUCGGAGCUCGAUCUAUCACUGAUCCCUAAUUUCCCCAUUAAAACAACACCUUCUUCAACACGGCGGCGAGUGGGAUCACCGUCGAUGAACUCAGAGGAAUCAGUGACUACGACAACGACGACGUCGUUUUGGGAUAACACCGCAACUGGUGGUGAUCUGUACGGAAACGGAGGAGAGACAAGCAAGCUGCUUACCCUUUUCGUUUAAGGAACGUUGUCGUUUUGCUCUGAUUUAGAUAGGGUUAAAAUGUAAUUUUACACAUUUUCUUCCCGCUUUCGUGGAUGCCUUUGGGAAUUGUGACCGGCGAGUUAACCACGUGAUUUUGUUCUCUCGGUUUAGAGUCAUUAACCAAUGUAAAACUUGAUUGAGUGAACAUUAUAAAUUUCGACUAUAUUACUUUUUCAUUAUCUAUUUUCCAGUGUGUCCUAAUUCCUAUGACGAAGAUAUUUUUAUUUAUUUGUUUAGAGUUGAUAUGAGAAUAUAAACUCGAAAUAAUUGCUAACACCAAACGAUUCACCAAGUCUUA